GAAUUCGGUUAUUUUACGUAAAAUUUAAUGUUUUCUUUAUUCUACAUGUGACAUAAGUGCCAAUAAGUAAUCAGUAUAUAAUUAUAUUUAUUUCUCACAAAGUAAUAACAAUUAUAUUGUAUAAAGAAUGUGUUUUGUGUAAUCAAAAGACUUUCAUGCAUUAAAACAACAUGGCCGACAGCGACCCAGUUGACACUGGGCCUGGGAGCCCUGACAUCCUCAUGCCCCAGUCUCCAGGGAGCCCCAUCAUCCUGGACCCAGCUGAGAGCCCGCCAGCACCAUGGCAACCCGACUCAGAAACCUUCACGCAAGGCAAUGAAGACAGCAAUGACUCAGUAGCCACCACUGUUAAUCUAUAUGACACUGAAAGCACCAGUAGCACGUGGAACAGGAACGACGACUCCAACGCACGGCCACAAAUCCCAAUUCAGGAGAACAGUAACUCCGCAAUGCAGUCCUUGAACGAGGAAUCGUCCAGUUUAAUGUCUUUUCCUGAGAGAAAAGAUGAGGAACCACCAGCGAAAAUGCGUAGACUCAGCUCCCCGAAGCACGACGUUGACGGCGAGACGUGCCCAAUAUGUCUAGACUCCUGGGGAAACACAGGAGAACAUAGAUUGGUCGCGUUAAAAUGUGGACACCUCUUCGGCUCCCAGUGCGUGCAGAGGUGGUUGAAAGCCCAGUCUGUAAAAGACCGAUCCUGCCCAACGUGCAAAAGCAAAGCCAAUGUCAAAGACAUAAGGCACAUUUACGCACGGCAGCUGGUAGCGGCUGAUACGUCCCAGAUCACAGCGCUCCAGAAACAAGUGGACCAGUUGCAAGUUGAGAAGAGCCGGGCGGAAUUGGAGUUACAGAAGUCUAGGAUAGCUCACAGGGCUUGUCUGUUGCAACUGGAAGUCUUGAGGAGUACGCUGAUGAAAUCGCACGUGGCCAAAGAGCAACCCAUUCGGAAGUCGUGGAGGUUCGCCCUGGAGAAGAAUCUGGAGAUAUGCAAGGACGGCGGCUGCAGAGUUUUGACUUACAAUUGCAGGACAUACGAGUUCUACGUGUCGCAGAAGAGCACGAAUAACUUGUUCCCCGGUUACGGGAUAAGGAAAGUUAGUUGUGUGGAUUUUAAAUUGGGACAAUUUGUGCAUUUACACCCGAAGCCGAUUAGGGAUAUUACUUAUUCGCAGCCCCGCGAUCUCCUUUUGAGCGUGGGCCUCGACGGCGCGGCGAGAAUCGUGGAAAGAGGUAUUUCCACGAUCACGGUAUCGACUGGCGUUCCUCUCUGGUCAUGCUCGUGGGAUUACCUGAGAAGCAACGAGUUCUACGUCGGCGGAGUGGGCGGCGUGAUCCACCAAUACGACGUUAGGAACCCAGGGUCCUAUAUCCAAAGAUUGACGGCACCCAGCGACAUGUCUCCAGUCGUGUCGUUAUGCUCGACAGAGUACGGGCUGUUAUCGUGCCAGCUGAACUCCAGCUGGUUAUGGGUGGCGAAUAUGAGGCAGUGGGAACCCAGAGCUUUGCCAAUUGAAGGUCCAUUCAUGUCGCUGUGCUACGAUGUAGACUCACACCGAGCUUUGAUCUCAUGCAGACCUACCAAUAGUUCUGAACGGUCAAAACUGACGGUUUGUAAGUUGAGAGCUUCCGCGCCUAAUGGAGAAGUUCUGUUCGAUGUUGAGCAGACUUUCAGUGGGUCUUCCAGGUCUUCCUUGCUGUCCAGGCCGACCUGGGUUAGGGCGCCGGGCGCCUGUUGGGUGGCGGCCCAUUCUGAGAGCGAUUCGACGUUGUACCUUCACGGGGUCGAUGGAGCCAGGACAAUGUCACUACCAGCGGCUGAACCGGCGUUGGACGUGUGUUCAGCAGAACUUAAUGGCGACACGGUGGUAGCGGCGCUGUCAGAGUCUCGCCUUAGGUUAUAUAAAGCGGUGUCGACCAAUUCAUGAUAUUAGAUAUGACUGAAUUUGUUAUUUUUGUGUUUAGCGGCUAAGUUCUCUAUUGGCAAUGUUAAAGGAUUCCUGGUGCGCACGCGCAGAACCCGAGAAUAGAAUAGAUUUAUUUUCAAAAUUGGAUACAAGGUAUCACUUAUUGACGUCACAUCACUUAAAUCUAAUUAUAACUACUACCGCUUCCAAAGCGCAUGUGUAGAAGAAGCGGCGGAACAAACUACACUGCAGCAUUUUCACCGGAAGUCAAUUUACAAAUAUAGAUCUCUUAAAUCUAAAUCGUGGACGAAUGCACAUUGUCUACAUUAAAAAACAUGAAUGAAUGUAGAACUAAAUAUUUCAAUACGAAUACGAUGUUUACUUAUCCGGUCUAACCGUAUCGUCUCUCCGCGAGGCGUUCAUGUACUAGACAUUUAAUGAAUUAAAAUUUUUUGACAGUCUUAAUGAAUUAAAAUGUUUUAAAAAUUAUGGAAAACUAAAUGUCACCCGCAGCUUCGCCCGCGCGAAAUUAGCGCCACAAAUUAAUACAGGUUAUUCGCAAAUCCCGCGGGAACUAUACUUUUUACCGGGAUGAAAGGUACCCUAUGACUUUCCUUACUCCCCACUAUGUGUAUACAAAAUUUCAUGCAGAUCGGUUCAGUAGUUUAACUCUGAAUAUGUAAAAAACAAACAAAAAAAACUCAUCAAGGCGGUGACUAAAGACAAACUAAUCCAGGUUAUUGCAUGGUUGUUGGUCAAGACGAAUGUCUAUUCCCUUGGUCGUUUUUAACGAAAUCCAUGAAGAUAGAUCGAAGAGCACCGAACAAAGGGCUUAAUCCAAAGUGCCAGUUACCACACGGCAUAAAAUACCCGACUACUUUGCCAAUAGAGGGCGCUGAGUCUUAAAAACGGCAAAAUUUUAAGUCAUGAAAUUAAUGUUAAGGAUGUUAGAGUGUAAGUACCUAAUUUAUAAUUGGGAGUUAAAGGAGAGUUAAAAUUGCCGUGUGGUUCCCGGCACCAAUACAAAAAAGAAUAGGACCACUCCCAUCUCUUUCCCAUGGAUGUCGUAAAAGGCGACUAAGGGAUAAGCUUACAAACUUGGGAUUCUUUUUUAGGCGACGGGCUAGCAACCUGUCACUUUAUAUGAACCUCAAUUCUAUCAUUAACGUGGCCAUUCAGUCUUUUCGGGACUAUUGGCUCUGUCUACCCCGUGAGGGAUAUAGACGUGACUAUAUGUAUGUAUUAAAGGUCCGAGAACACAGCAGAAAAAUGCGGUUCAGACGGAGUGCAGUUUGAUAGCCGGCCCGCACCAAGUUGUUAUACUGAUUGUGCCCUUGCGGGGUAGACAGAGCCAACAGUUUUGAAAAGACUGACAGGCCACGUUCAGCGGUUCGGCUUAAUGGUAGAAUUGGGAUUCAAAUAGUGACAGGUUGCUAGUAAAAGUAACCCAAGUUUAAACCUAACCCUUAGUCGCCUUUAACGCAUAAAAGCAUUAUCUAUCAGUACAUAUAUCUAUACUUAUAUAUACAUACAUAAUCACGUCUAUAUCCCUUGCGUGGUAGACAGAGCCAAUAGUCUUGAAAAGACUGAUAGUCGCAAGUUCAGCUGCUUGGCUUACUUUUCAAAAUUCAAUUUUUUUUAUUUAUUAUUAUAAGAUAGGUACUUCAUAUCCAGAGUUAAGAUCCAGUGUGUAGUGUACAUAAGGAGUUGGAAGAGUUCAUAAACAUAUAUAUUAUCACGUCUAUAUCCUUUGCGGGGAAGACGGAGCCAACAGUCUUCAAAAGACUAAAAGGCCUCGUUCAGCGGUACGGCUUAAUGAUGGAAUUGAGAUUCAAAUAGUGACAGGUUGCUAGUCCAUCGCCUAAAAGGAGAAUCCCAAGUAUAUAAAUAAGCCUAUCCCUUAGUCGCUUUUUAUGACAUCCCGAGGGAAAGAGAUGGAGUGGCCGUAUUCUUUUUUUUUAUUGGUGCCGGGAACCACACGGCACGUCGGAAGAGUUUCUUGUAAUUAAAACUGCACUGCGUCUGACCUGCCUUCGGUGUCGGCGCUAAAUAUGUUAAAGAGAAUGAUUUAUUAGCGUAGUAAUGAUAAUGUGAAAUUGAUUUGUGAACUUGUAAAAAAAUUGUUUUGUAAAUACAUGUUUUAAAUAAUGUG